AUGGUGAAUGUCGAUUUCGCUAUCCUCGGCAGCUUCCGUGAUGCUACGGAGCAAGGAAAGGACUCAUAUCCUAUCUAUAGGAGGAGGCAUGAUGGUCGCCGUGUGAAGGUCAGAGGAGCUGAGCUGGAUAAUAGGUGGGUUGUCCCAUACAACCCUGGUCUCCUUAUGAUGUAUAAUUGUCACAUCAAUGUUGAAGCUUGCUCUAGCAUCAAGGCAGUGAAAUACUUAUUCAAAUACAUCUAUAAAGGACAUGAUCGUGUUUCAUUCUCAGUUGAUCCAGCAGCAGAUACAGAUGGUGGAGUAAUCAAUGAGAUUAAACAGUAUAGAGAUGCUAGGUUCGUGGGGCCACCGGAGUCUAUCCACAGGAUUUGCGCUUUUCCAAUGUACGGUGUCUCUCCCUCGGUUCUCCAACUUCAACUUCAUUUGGAAAAUAUGCAGUCUGUCACAUUCAAGGAGGGUGAUAAUCUAGAGGAUGUUAUCAGUCGGGAUUCUUCUUCCAACACCAUGCUCACUCAAUAUUUCAAGAUGAACAAGGUGGACCCUUAUGCGAGGAACUUCUUGUACAAAGAGUUCCCAGAAUUUUAUCGUUGGAUUAAGUGUAAGAAGAUAUGGCGGAUAAGAAAACUAAAGGGCCGGGGGCAGAUUGGGAGAAUUGUGUAUGCAAAUCCUGCUUGA